UACUUAAUUUCUUAUAGUGAGGCUAUCUAGGAUAGUCUUGGGUUAGCAGACUGCUAUUAAUUUGAUAGCUGAUAACUAAAGCUCGGAUGAAAACUUUGGUCGUAGGAGAAUUCGCACCAGCAGCUCCCGGAUUUUCAGGCGAGUGCUGCAUCAUUUGAGCUACUGAAUCCAUCUACUGAUCAUGUCAUCUUUUGCAUCUUGCUAGUACUCUUGACUAUGGUAUUCUAAGGUGUAGGACGGCAAACCAAUACGGACCCCUCAGUGUUCGUACGAUGUGCUUCUUACAAGGGCGCAUUUAGAUCCAUUUUGUUUUUAUCAAUCUUAUUUUCAUUCAGUUACUCUAUAGAAACUAAAGAGAAUGGAAAAGUAAAUGUUUUAAAGUAAUGUGCACUUGUCGUCUUAUCUUUAACUUCAAGACUGCCAUAACAUAAGACCGUCUAUUAUCUGGAAUCCGACGAAUGGCCUUAGCUUCAGCAAAAAGUUUAUCUGUGAUAAACGUUCAAAAGAACUUGCAGCUUAGUACAAAAACAUGUAUUGGGAGGUUAUAUAUAAGACUAAAUGUUGCACAGGCAUUUUCAUCCACUGACAAAUCAAAUGAUAUUGGAGAAUCAAAGAACGAUAGCAGCUUGCCAAACCAAAAACUGUCUCCUGAAUUUCAGAAAGCUAUUGCUCAUGGUCCCAGUCUUUCCGAAUUUAUCAAACUGGGCAAAAGCAAUCAGGCAGUUGAUCAAGGUGUUCAUGAAUCUCAAAGUAAAGUGUCUAAAACUGGUGAACGUCUUCGUCUUCCAAAAUGGCUUAAGACUGAAAUUCCAUGUGGUGGUAAUGUUGCACGCUUAGAGAAACAGUUACGUUCAUUAAAUUUACAUACAGUUUGUGAAGAAGCUCGAUGUCCUAACCUUAGUGAAUGCUGGAGUGGUGGAAGUUCUGCAGCAUCCACAGCUACCAUUAUGAUAAUGGGUGAUACAUGUACUAGGGGUUGUCGAUUUUGUUCAGUGAAAACCUCCCCGAAUCCACCACCUCUUGAUCCAAACGAACCAGUUAAUACUGCUGAAGCUAUAAGCAAUUGGGAUGUAGACUAUAUUGUAAUCACUUCAGUGGAUCGUGAUGAUUUGGUAGAUGGAGGCGCCCGGCAUAUUGCUGAAACAAUUCGACAAAUAAAAGCACGUAAACCAUCGAUUUUAGUCGAAUGUUUAGUUCCAGACUUUCAAGGUUGUACAGAUUCUAUCACUACGGUAGUUCGCGCCAACCCAGAAGUAUACGCGCAUAAUAUUGAGACAGUGGAGUCAUUACAGAGCGUUGUACGUGAUAGGCGUGCUGGUUACUCUCAGUCACUUCGAACUUUAGAAACUGCCAAGGAACGUAGUAAUCGCCUUGUUUCAUCUGGAGAUGCAGAUUCUCUUAUCGUCACUAAAUCUAGUAUUAUGUUAGGUCUUGGUGAAACUGAACAUGAAGUGAUGGUAGCUUUGAAGGAUCUACGCCAAGCAGGAGUUGACUGUGUAACACUCGGACAAUAUGUGCAACCGACUAGGCGUCAUCUAAAGGUGAAAGAAUAUAUUCAUCCGGAUAAAUUUGACUAUUGGGCAAAAGUUGGCAAUGAAAUGGGAUUUUUAUACACAGCUAGUGGACCGUUAGUACGGUCAUCCUAUCGAGCUGGUGAAUACUACAUUAAAAAUAUUAUAGACCAAAGAAAACGUAAAAGUUUGUAAUAAACAGUGAACAUAAUGCCAAUCAGUAUUUGCAGUACUUUUCCUUAUUCAUCCAAAAUCACUUUACUUUCGAUCUAGAUUUGUAUAGAAUAUAUAUAUAUAUAUAUAUACCAAUGAUGUAGAGCUAUCUUUUCUUAUCUUAUCACUUCAUUCAACACUCCUUACUAUUUUUUAGUCAAUGUUGGUAUGAAUAUGUAAGUAACCAAGAUACAAUUCGUCUUACAAUACUUGACUUUUCAGUUGAAAUAAUUACAGCACAUUUAUGUUUUGCUGAGUUUCUGUUUUCUGUACUUCGA